AUGGCUCAGAAAUGUGCGAUUGGUUUGAUGUCAGCUCUAGCAGCUGCCGCGUCUCUCUCGAAAUCGAACGUCGCUUCUGCAGAUGGACCUCUCAACUUCUCUGGCUUCUCCACUUCUCCGCCUCCUCAGGCUCAGCAUGGCUCUUCUACUCAGCCUGCACCUGGAUCUGAGAAAGAAUCUUCUGCGUCUGGCGAAGAUUCCGAUGCUCCUCCACGGAUUCGGAACGAUAAUCCGAGAACGACUUCCGCUGGGUUCGAUCCGGAGGCGUUGGAGCGUGGUGCAAAGGCCUUGAAGGGGAUUAACAACUCUGCUCACGCUAAAAAGGUAUUUGAAAGUAUUAAGACACAAGAAGAGACGAGGCAAGCUGAGUUUACUGCUAAGGCUCAAGAGUUUAAAGCUUUGCAAUCCCAAGCUGAAGCUGAGAGGCAAAGGGUUAUAUACGAGGAACAGAAGAAACUUGCUCAGCACCAAGCACAAACUAAAGCACAGAUGGCUCGUUAUGAAGAUGAAUUAGCACGAAAAAGAAUGCAGGCUGAGAAUGAAGCCCAGAGAACAAGAAAUCAAGAACUUGUGAAGAUGCAAGAAGAAUCAUCAAUCAGGAGGGAAGUAGCUCGACGAGCUACUGAGGAAGAGAUUCAAGCACAGAGACGACAAACGGAGAGGGAGAAAGCUGAGAUUGAACGCGAGACUAUCAGGGUCAAAGCUAUGGCUGAAGCUGAAGGGAGAGCCCGUGAAUCAAAGCUUUCUGAAGAUGUCAAUAGGAGAAUGCUUGUUGAUCGUGCAAAUGCAGAAAGAGAAAAAUGGGUCUCAGCCAUAAACACUACUUUCGAUCACAUUGGAGGUGGGUUGCGUAUGAUUCUAACAGAUCAAAAUAAGCUGGUUGUUGCUGUUGGAGGUAUCACUGCUCUUGCAGCUGGGAUCUACACAACGAGAGAAGGUGCCAAGGUUAUCUGGAGCUACGUGGAUAGAGUCUUAGGGCAACCUUCUCUAAUUAGAGAAUCAUCAAGAGGAAAAUACCCUUGGUCUGGUUCGAUUUCUCGUGUCUUUUCCACGUUGCGGGGUGGUGGUAAGGAGGCUGCAUCCCAAAACGGAAAAGGGUUCGGUGAUGUUAUUUUGCAUCCUUCCCUUCAAAAGAGAAUCGAACAGCUAGCUAGUGCAACUGCUAACACAAAAUCCCACCAAGCACCUUUCCGAAACAUGCUUUUCUACGGUCCACCAGGAACGGGGAAGACAAUGGCUGCCCGAGAACUUGCUCGCAAAUCUGGUCUAGAUUAUGCGUUGAUGACGGGUGGAGAUGUUGCUCCACUUGGAGCUCAGGCUGUUACAAAGAUACACCAACUGUUUGACUGGUCCAAAAAAUCUAAGAGGGGCUUGUUGCUCUUCAUCGAUGAAGCUGAUGCAUUUCUGUGCGAGCGGAACAAAACAUACAUGAGUGAAGCGCAAAGGAGUGCACUAAACGCACUACUCUUCCGCACGGGUGACCAAUCCAAAGACAUAGUCCUAGCACUCGCCACAAACCGACCAGGUGAUCUAGACUCAGCAGUGGCUGACCGUGUCGAUGAGACUCUUGAGUUCCCCUUACCUGGAGAAGAAGAGCGGUUCAAGCUGUUAAACCUCUACCUAGAUAAGUACAUAACCAAGACUAAUCUUAAAAAGCCGGGUUUGCUCCAAAGCCUUUUCAAGAAAGACCAGCAGAAGAUUGAGGUUAAAGGCGUCACAGAGGAUCUCCUCAAGGAAGCUGCCGCCAAAACCAAAGGUUUUUCAGGUCGAGAGAUAGCGAAGUUGAUGGCUAGCGUUCAAGCGGCUGUGUAUGGUAGCGCGGACUGUUUGUUAGACGCGAAUCUUUUCAGAGAGGUGAUUGAUUACAAAGUGGCAGAGCAUCUACAGAGGAAAAAACUAGCUGGAACCGAUACAGGUAACAGGAAAUGAAACAAUAUAGACUUUUCAUCAACAUAGGUAUCUGCAGCAGCUGUAGAUUUGAACCCAACAGUUUGUCCUAAAAAACCUCAAAACCCUGAGCACUAUUUUCAAAAGGGUUUAGGCAAAAGAAGAAAAGCUUUGAUUUUUCAAAUUGUUUCUCCAUGUGAUUCUAAAGGUGAGAUUUUGAUGAUUGCUUUAGAUUAUUUAUUCCUUGCCAUUACAAUCUUGAGUUGAUCUUUAUCAUCACUCUUUGGAAAAUGAGGCAAUAGUGGUCUCUUUGUAAGAUUAUUAUAUCCACUUUUUAAUAUCU